CCUUCUCCCCUUUCCCCCUCCCCCCAGCCCUCCUAGGCUAGGAGUGUCCCCAGGCCGCGCCCUGUCCGGGUGGCGGGACUGGGAGGGGAGUGGGGGCUCCGGACAGGGGCUGGCCACUCGAUCCUCCUCCAGGGUUGCAGCUGCACCUUCCGACCCUCGGAGCCGGGCCAUGCUGGGGAGGCGGCGGGUCUUCACCCUCCAGCCUCUGGGCCGCCAGGAUGGUGGUUGUCAGGAGCUUCUGGGUGGCUGUGUGGUGCUUGGUGUUAAGAGCAUCUAUCUUCGGGUUCAUGACAUGCCCAGGGUACCCUCAGCUGAUCCCCAGGAGGGUGAUCACUCCAGGAGAGACUCCAGGGAACAGGCUUCAAGGGAUUCUGGGGUGGAAAUGGCGGGGGAGGAGAGUUCCCCCAUCAGCUCCCCUGACUUUGCCCUGGACUCUUCAAGCUUGGAGCUGGGUGGGGGGCCCACGUUGGCCCCUGUCACCACGGAAUCCCUUCCGGACCUAGAUCGGUUCCUGGCCAGUCAAAAACUAGAGCAGGUGGUGGCGAGGUCCUGCCGGUCUCGAUCUUCAUCUACUCUAGCUCCCAAGCGCUGGCAGAGGAGCAAGCAGAGACCUGGAGUGUCCCCAGAAGUAACUGGAGUUCAGGGUGGCACCGAGGCAGCAGUCAGCUCACAGUGCGGCCCAGAAGAAUCUCAGGCGGUGGGCUCCGAGUCUGAUGCCUGGGCUUGCCUCCCGGGGCAGGGGUUGAGAUACCUGGAGCACCUGUGCUUGAUGCUGGAGAGAAUGGCUACGCUCCAACAGCUUCAUCUGCAGCUCCAAGAGCAGUGCCAGCAGCUGCCAAGCGGCAUGGAAGAGACGAAUGAAAGCUCAGUCCUUGCUCCUUUUCAUCCUCGAUCCUUUUCUGUGUUGGGAUCUCAAGAAUUUCAGAGUCUUAUGGAGAAGACAGUGGAAGAGUCAGCUCUGCCUCGAUGGUCAGAGGUGCAUAGUGUGAGUGCACCAAAUUUGUUAGAGGGACCAGAGGGGACUGCCCACACAGUCCCAUCCUACCAAGGGCACAGGAAUACCCUCUCUCAUUGGGACAAAGUCAAAGCUUUACUCAACAGGAUGAGAUGGAGGAGCCCUCGUGCUUCUGAAUCUUCCCUUGCUCAAGAUCCCUCCGUCCCCAGAGAUUCCAAGGAACUGCCAGAAGGUCCCCUGCACUACCUGCCACGGAAGACCUUUUUGCCAAGUUUGGUGUCAAAGAAACACAGAGCCAAGAACUUCUCAGUUUGUUGAACAGUCUUCCAGAAUCUUUUCUUCUCUCUCCAAGGCGUGUCACGGGGGGCAGCAUCCCUUCAAUGCAGCAGCCUUUCCCUGGCUUUACUCUGUUCCUUGCCAUGAUCA